AACGUGAAAUAUUAAAAAUAGCUGAUACUUACGUUGAGUGUGAUAUUAAAGACACUUUUACAAGUAUUACGGAGACAGAAGUAGAUAUCACUUGCGUGGAGUUACCCAUACAAAUAUCAGUUGCAAGACGUAGUAAAGAAAAAAAGAUGUUAGAAUUACUUAUUCAAACAGGACAAUACAAACACGUUCGAAUGUUUGGUGCUAAAAAUGGAUAUGGUAUAUCUAUUGCCAGGUCAAAGCCAAAUACAGUAUACUUGACCUGUGACCAAAGAGGAAGCUACCAGAAUCGUCUAGAUUAUACUGAUGAAACAUGUCUUAGAAAAACUAGUUCAAGACUUAAAGAGUGCCUUUUUGCUCUUCGUGCCCAAAAAGGUUUCAACAAUCUAUGGACUUUUACUAUUAGCGAUUCAGAACAUAAUCAUAAGCCGUCUAAAGAUCCUUCAGCACAUCCAACCCUUAGAAGAUUAGAUAAUCAAGCCUUAGAGCAGGUAAAGACAAUGACAAAGGCUGGUACUCGUUCUAGACAAAUUUUGGCUCUUUUAAAUCAGAAUAAUCCUACAGCGCUUUUGGAUGAACUUAAAAAGGGCCUAUUUCAAUAUGAUUAUAUGUAUGAUUCUGAAGAACAGAUUUUCUUUCUACAACAAGCAAAAGCUCAAAAUGAAAUUUUGAGAAUGAUUCAAGAACCAGCAAUGCAGUUGUUGAAACUGACCAUUGCACAUACCAGAGGACGACCAACUGGAUCAAAGAACAAUAUCAAUUCUACUCGAAGAAUUCUAUCUGUAUUUGAACUACAAGACUUAAAGAUAGCAGAACAUGAAAUUGAUCUAAUGAUUUGUAAAAUCUCAACUAUGUAG